ACUAGAGAAAACCGAAACGGACAUUGAGGCUCGACCGCUCGGGUACAUUCCUUUCGAGUUCCUUCUGCUAAAACCCUCAACCGACGAAGCAAGGGUUUUGCUUCUUUUCUCUGCAGAAAAUUUCUCCUCCUAGGUCACCAUGCCGCAAGGAGAUUAUAUCGACCUUCAUCGCAAGCGACAUGGCUAUCGCCAUGAUCACUUCGAGCGAAAGCGAAAGAAGGAAGCUCGUGAAGUUCACAAGCAAUCAGCUAUUGCUCAGAAGGCCUUGGGAAUCAAGGGUAAGAUGUUUGCGAAGAAACGGUAUGCCGAGAAGGCUUUAAUGAAGAAAACGCUGGCUAUGCAUGAAGAAUCAUCUAGUAUGCGUAAGGUGGAUGACGAGGUUCAUGAAGGAGCUGUUCCUGCUUAUCUUCUGGAUCGUGAAACAACAACAAGGGCAAAGGUUCUUAGCAACACUAUUAAGCAAAAGAGGAAAGAGAAAGCUGGUAAAUGGGAAGUUCCACUACCUAAGGUGAGACCUGUUGCUGAAGAUGAGAUGUUUAGGGUUGUCAGGUCUGGUAAACGGAAAACAAAACAAUGGAAGAGGAUGGUAACCAAGGCCACAUUCGUGGGACCUAGUUUUACAAGGAAGCCUCCAAAGUAUGAGCGCUUCAUUCGUCCGACAGGUUUGCGGUUCACCAAAGCCCAUGUCACACACCCUGAGCUUAAGUGCACAUUUAAUCUAGAGAUUAUUGGAGUUAAGAAAAAUCCCAACGGUCAGAUGUACACUUCUUUGGGUGUUAUCACCAAGGGAACCAUCGUUGAGGUGAAUGUUAGUGAACUAGGUCUGGUUACUCCAGCUGGGAAAGUUGUGUGGGGAAAAUAUGCUCAAGUUACAAAUAACCCAGAGAAUGAUGGUUGUAUCAAUGCUGUUCUGCUUGUCUAGAGGAGUUUACUCUUGGUACCCUUGUGCCCAUAUGGAGAACCUUUGUAACAAGAGAGCAAUCUGAACUGUUCUUGUCACCAGUUAAGUGGUUUUGCAUGGGACAGAUCCUAAUUUUGAGUAGGUAAGUGUUUUGGUUCGUUAAUUACGGACCUCGGAAGUAUUAUUCUUAGAUUAACUUUUUUCCUUUCUUCUAUCCAAAAAAAAAAAAGAAUAGAAGGGAUUUCCCAGGCUCCUCCCAUGUAGCCCUGGGGAUCAUAUGUGUUGCCAUA